UUGACAUUUUUUUAGAUUUCAUUUUCAAUAGACACACCGAAAGGUCCAAAAUAUAUUUGCUCAUGGGUCAUGCAUGAAAAACUGUCUUGUUUGCUAUGCAUAAUAAAUCUGGAACUCUCUGCCUGCAUGAACACCAUGUGUCCAAAUGCUUGCAGUCAAAGUACCACGCAACACCCUUAACGUUUGACAAUUGUUUCAUAUGAUAUAGUAAUGAAGAUGUUGUUAUAAAUAGAAGAAGAUGUUGGGACAGGAAUGAUAAUGGAGACAGGUGCGAAUUUAGAUUUAGAAAGGGUACUAAUGCAAGAGCAGCUAGUGCAGCAGCCGUUGAAGGAAGUGCAAAUCAGAAAGAGAAUGAGGAUUAUGGUGGCUAUUGAUGAGAGUGAUGGGAGCUUCUAUGCUCUCAAAUGGGCUCUUGAUCAUCUUGUCGAUGGCAUCACGCCAACAAAUGUACCGAGCCAGGAAGAAUCUAGCCUGAUCACACUGGUUCAUGUUCAACAGCCCUUCCAGCACUACGUAAUCCCUGCUGGUCCAGGUGGAGCAGCAGCUUUUUAUGCUACACCUUCAAUCGUAGAAUCUGUGAGGAAAGCACAGACAGAAAAUGAUGCGGCCUUACUGUCCCGUGCUCUACAGAUGUGCAAAGAUAAGAUGAUCAAAGCAGAAAGUCUUAUUCUUGAAGGGGAGCCGAAAGACAAAAUCUGUCAAGCUACAGAACAAAUGCAGGUUGAUCUCCUUGUUCUAGGUAGCCGUGGUCUGGGCAAGAUUAAAAGAGCAUUCCUAGGAAGUGUAAGUGACUACUGCGCCCACCAUGCAAAAUGCCCCGUUCUUAUUGUCAAGCCGCCAAAGGAGAUCACUAAGGAGACCAGUAGUAAGAGCAAAGAAUGGAACGCUGAUAAAUGAUAAGCGCUGCCAUUUCAGAGAUCUCCGAGCAGCUAUGAUUGUGUGAUUGUGCGUGCUUGUUGUGUUACGCAGUGUCCUUGUAACCGAGUCAGAAAAACCUCCUUGUGCCUCGUACUUUCGUGUGCGCUGUUAUGUGUUUUUCUGAUCAAGUUUGUUUUAUGCAACUGCUAAGUUUAUCAACUCGCACGUCAACAUGUUAGAGACAUAAUCCGCAGAAUCUAUCGCUGAUGAUUCCAUAUCUUGGCAUGGAUAAAUAGUAUGUGUGUGUGGGUAAUAUGGUGCAGGUUUACAUCAAA